GAGUCAGGGAACAUAGCGCUGGAUUUACAGGAACGCGUGACGGCUUCCCAGAGCCCGUUAACUCCCGAGGCACCGCGGGCCGCUCCAGCUCGCGAGGCUGUCGCUGCCCCGGGGCGCUGGUGGAGCUCCGCGGUCAGGCAGCACCGGUACCUGUGGGCGCUGCUGCCGUCUGCUGUGCCGCCGUGUGCAGAGAGAGCGGCGGCUGUGCCCGACCCCUGCAGCUGGGGGGGAGGGGGGCAUUACAAAGCGAUUUAGCUGGUUAAUUUCCUUCUUGGCUCUCCUGGAUCCAAUUUCUGAGUCUUUCUCAAACUGUCUGUCUGUCCUUCAGCUUCUUGCCUUAAAAACAAAUAAAGAAAGAAAUAAAAUCACCUGAGUUCUGGUGUAGAAUCUGCAAGCUCAAGCCACUUAUCCCUGAAAACCCGAGUCUUUCAGUGCCAAACGCCUGCGUGUGACUGCUUUACGUUCGCAGUGCCGGCGAGUUGUUGGCAUGCCAUCACACAGCUGUGAUUGCCCAGCUCAAACCUGCCUUCUUCCAAUUCUGCUUCUGCUCGUGGAAGCUUUGGGAAGCAGGUUACAAGCUGUGCUGGCAAGGUAUAUGUAAUAUUAUUGAUGUCGUUAGCAACAAAAUGCACAAAAGGCAUCAAACUCCUUAAUGUUACCUUGUCCUCAGUUAAACGGUGUGGUGGAGGAAGAGUGCUCCUUAGUAGGGCUACUUUUCUUUUUCAGGGAAUUUUUUCCCUCCUACUUACAUUUGGUCAAAGUCAACUUCUUAAUUACACCACGUGCUCAUUACACAUAGUUUAAGCCUUUUACAUAAAAUCAUACCAUUUUCAUCAGUGUUACAAUUCCCACUCUGUUGUCCUUUUAUCAACCACUUAUUUUCCCUUCUGCAUUCAUCCUCAUGGCCUUUCUUACUGUUUUUCCUCCAUUCUGUUUUUCUGAUCCUGUUGUCUCUGAUUCUUAAAAAUCGACUGCAAUUUGUUAGCAUGCAUUCUCUUUCUUCACGUUCUUAACCUCAUUUCCUCAUCCUCUGUGUUUUCACCAUGUAUUCCCACAACUUGUGCAGUGGAAAAAAAUGGCAGCUCCUUUCACUGAGGCUAGUGUUUAUAUAUAAAUACAUACAUACAUAUAUAUAAAGUUGGUUUGGUUUUAUGAGGAAAAGUGACAAAACAGCUAGAAGUGUGCUUCUGACAGCAGUUGUUUUUGGAGGUAAAGGUCUUGAAUCUGGAAGCCUCUUUUCACAAGAGCUGUAAACUCAGCUGCCAUGUUUGUUAUCAGAGGUGUUGCGCCCCGUAUCUUGUUCGCAGUGGUGAACAGCAGCAAGUGUCUGUUGAGGUUUCAGUCCAGGGCAAGCAUGGAAUACUGGAAAAUAGAAGUUUCCCAGCUUCCAGGGAUCUGUGACUCUAGAAAUUCGCAAGUCAGAAUGGUGUCUUUGUCCUAGGAGCCCUUUGUAUGUUUCUCCUGCUGAUGGAUGUGGUCAUCGCUUUUGGAGUCUGGGCAUAUUUAUGGUGGGGAGCCCCAUUCCUCGGCUGGGUGUUGGCCUACAAAGUACUUCUCUGUGUUUGGAACCUGUCACUUGUAUGUUUCUUGCAAGACCCGUUAGUUUUUCCUUUGGAAGAAACAGAGAAUAGCCAUCCUGUUUCAUCUUCUCCGUGGUGUUCGUGACUUUGGGACCUACUUCUCAGCUGCCUCUUUUACAGUGUAGUGUUUUUUUAAUCAUUUUUCUUGUAGCAGCUGUUCUGUAGCUCUGACCAUUGUCAUUUCUGGGUUAACUCACGUUCUUAGGACUGGGGACCAGCCCAAUAGUCAGGAUUCCAAGCACAGGGUCCUAAUGGAUUUGUAUGUAACAGCACAUUCUGUUUUGUUCUUAAGUCCCUUCCUAAGAAUUCGUAGCAUCUGCUUUGAUUUCUGAUUGCUUUGUCCAUCCAAGUUCUUUCCAUUUGUAUUUGCUUAUUAACGCAAUUUUAAUUUCUAUUUCUGAUGACUGUCAACUUCCAGCCAAAUGAAGCGUGCUGUUACCUGGGCCUGUGCCAAUCUGCAUUACAUGGUAGUUUCAGUUGUCACAAGCAAUCAGUAUUGCCAGUUUGGAUGGCUUUAUUUUUUAAGUUACAGGUUUUCUUUGAACUAGCCUUAUCAUUUGAGGUAAAAACAAUAUUGUCAUACACCUCCUUCAUAUCCAUGUCUUUGGUCAUCCCAAGGUGGCUUUGCUUUUAUUUGGGACAGUGCAGGAUAUUCUGUGCUAUGGUCUUGGCCUUGUCCCUGUGCUUCCUUGGCGUGCCUGGAAAUCCAGCCUCGUGAACCUGGGAACAGAAAGAGGAUCUCAAAGCCACAUCACUACAUUUUUCUGUUAAAGAGAGGUUGUCAGUUCUAAGGAAUUGGAUUCGGCAUGUGGGCAAUUACUUGACUCCUAAAAAAAAAAAGUCCACCUAGUGAGUCAGUGAUACAGGGACCUGAGUAAGGCUCCAGGGCAGCUGCCCAGCUUAGCAGCUGCUCUCUCAAAAUUAAAGCCCUGGGAAGGGAAGUGUGAAGGGGGAAGCCCCUGUUGAGACAGUGCUCUGAUUUGAGGUGUGUGGCUGCACCCUCAGGGUCAGACUGCUGGGUGGUGGUAGUGUGUGUGCGCUCAGGAUGCAGGCACAGCCUCCUGGUUUUAGACAAGGCCCAAAAUGCAGCAUUCCACCCUUUGAUCUUCAUAAAACAGAGGAUUAUGUAUAAUAAUAGCUAAUACAUCCUCCUUGUGACCUUUCCAGGUUUUGGUGAGCAGUGAGAAAAGCUUCCUGUAAAUGUUGCUUUAAUAUACGUUUCUCAGUGCUUAAAGGAGAAGUGCUGGUUUCCCAUGCGUCUUUGUACAUCAAACUAAAAACCUCAAAGAAAGAGCUUUUGGUAAUGGCUGAGGCAAUCACGUAAGAAGGGUAAUGCCUGCACCCUGAUUUCUUUGGAGUCUCCUCACUCUUUUUUUUUUUUCCCAACUCCCAGACCUGCUAAUUUAUAUGACUCACUGUUGUAUCAACUGGAGCUGUCAGCCAGUUGCUUGGAAGGCCUGAAAAGGAGCUAGGAUUGCCUCCCAGGUGAUGAGUGUGCAUUUGUGGCUGUCACCUGGAGGAGCUGAAUGGUUUGAGGAAGCUGUGCAUGUUUUCACCUGCAGUAUUUUGUUUAUUUCUGCAUCAGUUUCAGAAGUGAAGCCUUGAGUUUCUGCUGACUCGUUUUUCCUGGGCAGUCCCCACUAGCUAAAACCAUGAAUCACCGGUGUGCACAAUGUGGUUUGGUGGUUUGAGUUAUCAUUCAGCUUCAGUAAUCCAGGCUGCCCAUUUUUCUGAGCAGUGCUGGGUUUUGGGGCACUUGUUUGUUCUCCUGGCGAGUGAGAUGGGAGCACAGAGUUAUAUGUCCAGCAGUGGAAAAUCACUCAUUUCAGUUGUACAGGACCUGUAAGCUCAGUCUUGGUGACCUGUUACCUAGACUUGAGGCUUCCUUCCUUGAUAAUUUCAUGUGUUUCUUGAACUCUAUUAAGUUUAUGGUGGGUGUAAACAAGUGUAACUGGUGAAUGGUCUGGGAGUUGCUUAAGAUGGUGGUGGGUUUUUUUUUUUUUUCCUUUUAUGUUUUUUAAAGGGCUGAUUCAUUGGUUGUGAGUCAUCUGUGGUCUGACACCCUGAUCCUCAGAUUUCGAUCAGUAAUAAUGAAUGUGCUGAUUCUGGUUUGAUUACACCCAUUGACAUGCUUUCACUUAAUCAGAAUGAUUGCAAACACCUUUCCUGUUUUCCUUUCCUUUCUGAAGAUGUAUCUGUCCAAUCUUGCAUCUGUUUUUGGCUUGAUCUUUGAUGCUUCCUUCUGUUGUUUAUAUUACUGGGUUGUUUGACUUUUGGACUAGCUGUAUAUAUUCCCUUGUUGGAAGAUGCAUCACUGGCCAAAGGGUCAGUUUUUAUUGUUACUAUCAGACCAUCUGUGUGAGUAAUCUUUUACCCAUUUCCCUGCAGACGGUCGAUCUUGUGAGGCUGUCAGCUGCUGGAACAAAUAUUGUUUCUUACUUAAUUUUGGAAUGUUUGCAUUUAUCCUGUGGUCAGCUAAUCAAGCCUGAAAUGAUAGCUAUUUAAAUGUGUGAUUUUUUUAUUUUAUUUUAUUUUUAUUUUUUUAACUUGUUACCAUUUUAGCAGCCGGUAUAUUGAAUAUGUCUGUUGUAUGACAAAGAGCUCUGAAAUUCUUGGAAAAAAACUGAGUUAUUGCUUUGUCAGAGUUGCCAAGCCCUACCCUUCUUAAGGUUUUAAACGUGUUAACCUUCUUCUCCAAGGCUUCAAUUCUGGGAGAGAAACAGGGUAGCGUGGGGCUGUCAGAGCCAUCUCUUUUUGCAUAUCCUCUCUGAAGAUUGCAACCACAGAACUGGUAUCAGUGUUGCGGUUUACCCUUACUGGUUUGCUCUUCUUUUGCUGCAGCUCUCCUAGCCAAAAAAAAAAAAAAGAAAAAAAAAGCCAAAGGCCAAAAGAGAGCUCUGUAGUCGUGCCUGUGCAGCAAGGCACCUUACUGAUUUCAAAAAUGAAAGCUGGGAACACACUGCGAUGCAGCGUAGAGAGGUUAUCCUAACAUUUGUCUGUGUGCUGGUGGAGGAAUCAGUAGGAAUCGCUCCAGUGCCAUAUAUGCUGCAGCUCCGUCGGGCAACUUUGGAUGGAAGAGAUCCCUUUAACCGCUUGAGGAGAGAAAAGAGGCAGGUGCAGUGUCAACUUGGACAAUACCUACAUCCCAAAGGGACCCACUGCUGCAUGAGGUGCCAUGCAGGUACCUACAAGUUAAAAGACUGUGAAUGGUCUGGCCAGGCCCCUGUCUGUCUUCCCUGUCCUAAUGGCACAUUCACAGCUGUUGACAACAUCAUGGAAAAAUGCUUCCAGUGUACACGGUGCCGUACAGAAUUGCAGCAGAUAGAAAAGACCCCAUGCACCCAAAAGCAGGAUACUGUGUGUGGCUGUCGGAAGAAUCAAUAUCAGUUUGGCGAGGCUGAUUUCUUCCAGUGUAAGAACUGCAGCUCGUGUGCUAAUGGAAUUAUUACCAACUGUUCAAAGAACAGUGAUGCAGUUUGCAGGUGUAAGCCUAUGUUCUUCAUGACGCUUAAUAACGUUUGCAAACACUGCAACAGCUGCGUUGGAGAAGAGUGCUUGCAAUGCAGUAGCCCAGUGACUACCUCACCGAAUUCAUCUGAGCUGAAUGGGAACCUCGUUCUUGGCAUCAUUGUGGCGAUAUUUGUAGUUAUCUGUGUCAUCUACGUUGUAAAUAAAGCAGUGAAGCUGGUUCAGAAAAAUGGGAUAGCCUCUUCUUUCUACUCGUGUGUAUCUUUGCCACAGACAAGCAAGGAGUCGGUAUCUGAGGCUGAGGUAAAAGGGAGUGCAAUUACUGUCCUUCCCGAGAUCCAGAAAGAAAAAGAAUUGCUAGUGAAUGCAACACCACCAUCUGUUCCUCUGCUACAAAGUUCACAUGAGCUACCAGACUGUGUCAGAGCUGCCAGGAAGAGGCAGCUUCCAGACAACCCUGCUAUUCUCUACACUGUGGUGGAUCAUGUACCGCCAUCUCGGUGGAAAGAGUUUGUGAGGCGCCUGGGUCUGACUGAGAAUGAUCUAGAGCGAAUUGAGAUGGAGCAUCGACAUUUACGAGAUGCCCAGUAUGAAAUGGUCAGCCUCUGGAAACUGCAGAUGGGCCAUGCUGCAACUGUGGAGCACAUCAGCUGCGUUCUUAACCAAAUGGAGCUGAGUGGCUGCAGUGAAGCUAUUCAAGAGGCUUUGCUAAACCAGAACUCUCAUCAACCUUGCAGUUUCCACAGCCAUCGUUGAUCUUUUCCCUUGCUCUGACUGCUGAGAGAGGAUCGUAACUCCAUUUCUUGUCUUCCUUUUCCCAUUCCUUCCUGUCUUUCUAACCCUCCUUAAAUGGGCUGUUGGAAACAGCAGCAGAGUAUGCUGGAGGUUUGCUUUGCAACCACCGUGUUAGUUCAACUCCUUUUAAGCCAAGAGAGACCUCUGCAACAACUCCUUUCCCAAAGAGGGAAAGCACCUCAUGAAGGAAGUGAUCUGUGGACUUUGAUCAAGAUGAGAGCAGGAGCUCAGAGUGACGUGAGAGCUCAGCUACUCUGCAGACAAGUUGUUGCUGAAGCAGGCGCUUCGCUCACCAUGUGACAGGCUAACUGGUAGGGUGACUUGGUUGAACUGGCUGUCCAAAUGCUAAAAUUCUUGCUCACUUUUUGCAGAUCUAUUUUUCUGCAAUAUCAGAUACUUAAACUGGCUCACAUUGCAGCCAUUUCAUUGCGAAAUCUGACUCAAGGGAAGUUGUGAGAGGACAUGCCCACAGCUGGCACGUUACUUCUGGGAGCAGGAGAGGAUUGCUCCCUUUCGGUAUCAGCUAGUUAUCAAAGUGCUGCACCUUCAGCCCUCUUACUAUGGCAGAAAUUGCAGAGAUUCAGAAGGGGUUGCUUAGAGAGAAACAGCAGGGCGUUAUCCUUUCCACGCUUCCGUUUCCCUCUGGUUCAAGAGGAAUAAGGAUUCUGAGCCGGCGGGUCAGAUGAAAGGGUUGGUGCUUUUUCUCAAGUUUCUUUUGUGUGUAGAAACCAUGUAAAGACAGCAUUAACAAAACACGUGCCUGUAUGUUUGUCCUAGUGCGGAGUGGAAAAGAAUGCACGUGUCUGUGUGGGUGAGGAGGUACCUUUGUACCUGGCAGUGAGUGUCCCUGCAGAUCUGUGCUUGCACACAGGUUGGUAGGCUUGUGCCUGCUUGCCUGUCUCUCCCUGAAUGAUUCACUGAAUCAUUGAAUCCUGGCUGCAAAUGGGACUGCAUAUAUGUACAUAUAUAUGAGACAUUUUUUAGCAGCUGUUGGAUAACUUCACACUACUUUCUGGACUCCAUUGUGUAAGUGCUACUUGGGUGUAAGAGACAUCUGAUUCCAUCUACAAGCUCACACCAGCAUUUUCUCAUGGCUGUUGGCCUGAGUGCAGCAGAAGUAGCAAAAAGCAAUUAGCCUGCAUCAGGUGCAGGUCCACAUAUUUGUGAAUGUGGAUUUUUAAAAAAAUCUGUUGUCCCUUGACUAGAGAGAACCCUUCUACUGUAAAUACACUAAGUACUCCAAAUUAAAAUUCGUAUUUUUGA